AUGCUAUUUUUUAAAUCAUUUAUACUCAUAUGGGUGACAACGUUGUUGUCCCUAACUCAUGCUGCAAGAUAUAUUAAAUCUUCAUCCCUUUUAACAUGUAUGGACAAUUCACAAUUCACAGCUUCCUUCUUUGAUAUCGUCUUUUUUCCUGGUAAUAACACUGUAUAUUUCAACGUCGUUGCCUUAUCCUCCAUUGAUAAUAAAACCGUUGGUGCCAAUGUCAAUUUGAUUGCUUAUGGUUUAAAUGUUUUGCAAAGAAAUGUUUCAUUAUGUGACAUUGAUUACGAAAAUAGUGCAAACCUGAAAAAUAACCCGCUUUGUCCAUUAACUAGUGGUCACUUGGACUUGGAUUCUAGUUAUAAGCUUGGUACCUCCGUUACUAAGGACAUUCCUGGUAUUGCUUAUACCAUUCCUGAUUUGGACGCCAGAGUUAGAGUUGUCGUUUACGACACUGAUACAUAUGAACAAUUGGCAUGUGUAGAAACGACUUUAUCCAAUGGUAGAACUGUCCAAACCAAGUAUGCUGCUUGGCCAAUUGCUGCUGUUUCCGGUUUGGGGGUUAUCACCUCGGGUGUUGUUUCUGUCAUUGGCCAUUCCAAUACUGCAGCCCAUAUUGCUUCCAAUUCUAUGUCUUUGUUUGUUUAUUUCCAAUCCUUGGCUAUCACUGCCAUGAUGGCUGUUGCCAGAGUCCCACCAUUGGCUGCAGCCUGGGCUCAAAAUUUCAUGUGGUCCAUGGGUAUUGUCAGAGUUGGAUUUGUUCAAGAUAUCGCCAACUGGUAUGUUCAAUCAACAGGUGGUACUUCUACUGAUAUUUUAAAAUCUUCUUAUCUUUCUAUUUCCGUGCAAAAAUUUGCAAAGAAGUUUGUUAAACGUUCUAGUACAUAUAUUAUGGAUAGUUUCUUUGAGAAUCUGCCAGAGAUUGUUAGUCACUUGACUAAGAGGGCUAAUAUCAUGUUGGAUUCUGAUUCAUUUGGCUACUCAGAUUCAUUGGAUCCUGAUUUAUACUCAACAGAUGAAAAAGCCUCCGAUUUGGCAGGUAAAAUUUUGGUGUUGAGAGGUAUCCAAAGAGUUGCAUAUUUAGCGGGAAUUGAAAUUACCGAUUUAUUUAUGACUGGUAUUCAAUUUUUGUUUUUCUUCAUAUUUGUCAUGGUUGUUUGUUUGAUGUUGUUUAAAGCUGUCAUUGAGAUUUUGAUUCGAAGCAAAGUUAUGAAUGAAGGUAAGUUUAAUGAAUAUAGACAACAAUGGGGUUUUAUUAUUAAAGGUACCUUGUACCGUUUAUUGGUGCUUGCCUUACCACAAAUCAGUUUAUUGUGUAUUUGGGAAUUUACCUCAAGAGACUCUGCGGGAACUGUUGUCGUUGCCGUAUUUUUAUUAGCUGUCACUGUUAUUUUAUUAUUGCAAGCUUCGAUUAGAGUCUGGAUCAUGGGUAGAAAAUCAGUACGUCAAUUCAACAAUCCAGCUUAUUUGUUAUUUGGAGAUGGUAAAUUCUUGAAUAGAUUUGGUUUCCUUUAUGUCCAAUUUCGUGCCGACAAAUAUUGGUUCAUUUUGUUUUCAUUGACUUAUAUUUUCCUCAAGUCUUUAUUUGUGGCUGUUUUGCAAGAGCACGGUAGACCACAAUCCGUUAUCGUUUGGGUUAUUGAAUUAAUUCACAUGGUUGUUGUGAUUUGGAUUCGUCCAUUUAUGGAUAAGAGAACCAAUGCGUUCAAUAUUACCAUCAGUGUUAUUAAUUUCAUCAAUGCGUUAUUUUUCAUGUUUUUCUCCAUGGUGUUCAAUCAACCAAAUGUUGUUUCUUCAGUUAUGGCUGUGGUUUAUUUUGUUUUGAAUGCUGUAUUUGCCUUGUUUUUGUUGUUAUUCACCAUUAUUACCUGUGUCCUUGCCUUGUUGUACAAGAACCCAGAUACCAGAUACCAACCUAUGAAGGACGACAGAGUUUCAUUCUUGCCAAGAUUUGACAACUCUAAAGGUGAUUUGAGUAAAGGAGGCAUGAAUGGAAGCGGUGAAGAUAUGGAAUUGAUGGCAUUGGGUGCCACUGCAAUGAAGGGUCAUGAACACAGUAAACCAAUUGACAAGCAACAAGGAACAACGGUGCUUGAAGAUGACGAUUCCUAUGAUGAAGGUUCACCAUCAUACCGUAAUCCUAGUGGGCCAGGAGGUGCAGCUUUGACCAACACUUCCUCCAAUUAUGAUAGAGAUUCAAUAAGUUUCAUGGAACCAACGGAGCCAAAUUCCACCAUUGUUGGUAAUCCAUAUAAUGCUGUACCGCCAUCGUCUUCUGGUGGUAGAAGCGCAACCAGCAAUUCUGGGUUCAGCUAUGGUACAACAGGAAUGUACACCGGAAGCGUAGCUUCACCACAAAAUCAAUAUUCACAAAGAUAUGGAGCAAGGCAGGAUAAUAGUGGUUUUUACAAUAAUGAUAGCAGAACCAAUUUUAAUUAA